UUCGUGGACAGUGGCGGGCAGUAGACAGCACACCAAGACAAAAUGAAGAUACAGGAUUAGAGCUGUAAAGAACGCGACUUUCAUUUGGACGCGGACGCAACCGAGCGCCGCCCUGAUAACAGGUGCAGUUGCAGGAACCUUCGUCCUUUGGCACCGAGUAUUGCCGAGUAUUACUCUGAGUUGUACAGGUUUGAGGCAUGGAUGAAUGUUCCAUCCAUGAACCGAUGUCCAUCUUGAACACAAAUACGAUCGAGGGACCAGGUCCUGGUACUGGGUUUGUGAAAGGAGGACACAUUAUCCAGAAAUCCGCGGACAGCAAUAUCGCUCGGUACAGGCAAGGACCGCUGCUCCCUUUCUUUGGAAGGUUGAGUAUGAAGAAGAAGCACUUGAGCGCAUCUAUUCAGACGUCCAUUCCGACGUCUUUUUGGAUUCAGCGGAAUUGCAUUCAGAUCGUUAGGCUCAAAGCAUCUGUGCCAAGUCUCGAGCGCUUUGCCCAGCCGCAUUCGACGAGAAGGCUCGGGAGCAAAGACACGGCGAUGACAAUGACGCCGAUGAAUGCGGACGGAGGUGAACGACGAUCCGCGAAGAGCAAGGUUAUUCUAAGUAUAAGGAAAGUUAUGCAUAUUUGCUUCUUUCAAGUCGAGUCACAAGUACACCAGCACCCCGUGAAUGGCUUAAGUGGGGCGCAGAGCGCCGCUGCCAAAGUAUCGGUUCCUAGCAGCAGUCAGUACGGCGGAGCAGCUACGGUUGGAGGACAACGAGAAACGUGCACAUGUGUGCCAGGCCAGUCGCGACGUGGGCACGGAAAGGGACAAGCGCGUCCUGGACGAGUGCACAGGAGAGCAGACGGGAGGAUAGUGCUUGUUUGCGCAGAGCGGUGUGGGGUGCUAGAAUGA